AUGCCAAUCACUCCACAACACAAGAUGCAGCUUACGACGCUUGUCUCAUUCCUUAUUAUAGCUUCUACAAGUACAGUAUCUGCAGCCACCACAGGGUUCAGACCCAAGUACUAUCGUCUCGAAGGAUUGAUUCCACGUGACGCACUGGCACUGGCAUUGGCAUAUUCGCCUGACAACAACCCGAGCCAGCGGUGCAUCAUCAGCAAUGCUAAUCCACCUUCAUCGAUUGCCAUAGGUUGGUCGAAGUACGAUCACGCAUCGGGAUGUCCACAUAAAUGUUGUAAAUUGAAUUACUACGGUAAUGCCUGCGUAGGUCAUAAAAGCAGCGACUCAACGGAGGCCUGCUGUACAAUUGAUCCAAAUAGUCCUCAGCUCCUCCACAACCCGAAGACUUCGAACGAAUAUAAAGACCCUCAGCCUGAGACUUCAACACCACCUUGCAAAAUGACGAAUACUUGCGUACCCAUCUCUACUGGUCCCAAGACGCCUGCAAGACCGCCUUGCGCAAGAACGAACUCUUGCAAACCGCCAACUUGA